AUGGAAUUAGUAAUUAAGAAGCCCUACAUAGAAGUAUUCGAAAGAAUAUUAAAACUGUUCACAUCAGUGUGCGAAAACAUGCACCUUCGAUUGAUGAGAGACAAGUUGGAGUUAAUUGGAUCCAAUAACCUAACGAAUGAAUUGAUAAUGCAUUUGGACAAAAAAUUUUUUUCCCUAAAUAAUGUAAACUGCGAUGAGAAAUGUGUUAGUGGAUCAGUUAAUUCUAAAGAUCUAUACAAUUGUCUCUUUAGCUAUCAAAUAACCAAGUUGUUGAGAAAUAAUGGGAAUUUCCAUUUGUGUGGUUAUGAAAAGGGCGAAAAGGAGAGGCGGGAAUCAAAAUGGGAAAACAAAAAGAUCGAUUUAGACAAGAAAUUCGACAAGGUUGUGAACUAUAGCGAUGCUGCUACUUCUGCUCCUGCUCAUCCCCCUAGGCAUAGUAACAAUCCCAAUGAAAAAUUAAAAUUGAGUGUAUCCAAACUGAUUCUAAAAUUCAAUAAUGAAAACAAUACAUUGGAAGUGACUAUAAAAUUUAGAAAACGCAGUACUCACUGCAGUGCUGUAUUAAAAUUAAAACCUUUUAAAAAUACACUAAAAAAUUACGUAUACAAAAAUGAAUCCAUUAUACAAGUGGAACCUACACUUUUUCUUCUUAACUUAAAGGAUCUAGCAAACGAAAGAAAUAUCUUUCUAAAAAAUACAGAUAAUUCUAUCAUUAUGAGUGCUAUAGAAACAUCAGAUUUUAGUCUGAAUAAGGAAAAAAUCAAAAGAGAACAAUUUUUUUACAAUAAUAAAAAAAUAUCCAUCCCAUCUAGUAAGACCAAAUAUUUUUUUAAAAAUAAAAAAUUCGAAGAUCAUAGUUUGUCUCUCCCACUUAACGAAUUAAAAAUCAUUUUUAAAUUUUGCUCCGAUCUCAAUCUCUUAUGUUUAUUUUCUACCAAAAAUUUUAAGGAAAAUGUAGUCAUCUGUUUUGGUGGCAUGAUUACACACAUUUUGCAGAAAAAUAGGAAGAAAAUUUUAUCCCACAGUUGUCAUUCCAAAGGGGAAGAAAAACUGAACCAUGCAGAGACAAACGAAAUACAUGAUAGGUUUUUCCCAAAAGAGGAACACAUAGACAGAACAUCCUACAUAGAGCAGAAGGAAGAAUCCAUGUCAAGCUCGUGCGUUUUUUACCUAUCUGAUGACAGUAACUCUAGUGAUGAGUACGGUUCCGAUAUUGAUGAAAUAGAUCAAGUUCUGUAUUUUCAACCUAAGUAUGAAGAGGAAGAUUUUUCAAACGAAAAUAAUAUGCAAUAUAAUGACAUUAUAACAGGACACAUUCAUUUCACAUCUUACUUUAACGUUUCUUGUAAUUUCAAUGAUUACACUUUUAGCAAUGAACAUGGGAUUAAUAACCAUUUUGAGAAUUCAUUUUUUCCUGAAACAAAAGUUGUAUCUCACUCUUUUAGAAACGGAGUAAACAAAGAUUUAUAUACAAAACCAGAGGAACCUCACAAGAAAAACAUCAAUGCUGUCAUAAAUGUGAAUCGAAAAGAAAACACCAAUAUUAUAUAUUGCAAUGAUGAUUCUACCGAUAGAAAGAACCUCUACAAGGGGUAUCAAACCCCAUCUAAGGAUGUUAUACAUAUGGGAGAGAAAAAUGAACAUUGUAAAGCAGUAUCCAGGUUACACAUGAGAAAUAGAAUCAGAGAUGACGAUAGAGGUGAAGACAGAGACGGAGGCAGAGAUAAUGAUAGAGACAACGGUAGAGAUGACAUCUCAGGUGUAGCGUCAGAAAAAGAUAAAGAACAACAUGACUUAAAAAAAAUAGAGGAGAAAAAACACCUGAACAGGUCAGGCAAAAGCGACGAAUCUUAUUAUGAAAAGUCAACUCAUCUAAAAUAUUGUGGGAAAAAAAAAACAGGAGAAACAUAUCACGAUUCAACAGUAGAGAAAACAAAUGACACAAAGACCCCUACAAACUGUGACCGUCGAAGAGAAACCAUGAAUUACAAGAUUGGAAAUGCAGUAGAAGAAAGAAUGGAUUUUUUGGGAGAGCUUUCAUUGGAAGAACUAAAUUACGAUGUCUUCAUGCGAGAAAAUCGAACGGAAAGGGACUAUUAUGCAAAUAUGGAAUCAGAGAUAAAAGGUUUACAAAGAACCCUUGAAAAUGUAAACAAAAUAGAACAGCAGAACAGAAGAUAUGCGUCCAGAAAAAAACGGGAAAAUGAGCCACUGUUAUUUCAUUUCUCCGACCCAGACGAUAACAAAAUGGGAAGAGAAGCAGGAAGAGCAAGAAAAAGAAAAAAAAAAAGGGAGUGCCAUUUUGCAGAUACACAUGAGACGUCAAAUAAAAGGAGAAAUAAUUCCAUAAAAAAAUCAAAUGGGUUGUUACUGUAUUCUAACAAUAAACACAUACGAGACGACAGCAGAAGUUAUAAUUCGGAUUCAGAAAUAAGCUUUAAUGAUAAUUUAUGUAAUUCCAUGGCUAGCGAUUGCUUCUAUUCCUUAAGUGAAGAAAACGAUGAAAUGGAAAAUGUCAUCGCACCUUUGAAUAAUCCAAACAUGGAAUAUGAGAACUAUUUUGAUAAUGUAUAUUCCAAGUAUCAUCUAUAUAACAAUUUUAAAUGUUUUAAAAAAAAAACGGCAUGA